AGCAGUUAAGUCACUUGCCCAAGAAUACACAGUUAAUUUAAGUGGGGAGAAGGCCUGGAGGUCAAAAUUCUUUCCACCAAAACACGGCCUUGAUGAAAAAUACUACCCCAUCCCCUCCCGCUUCCUCCCCCGUCCUUCUGCUUCCGGCUUCUCCCUAUUCCCCAUCUACCCUAAAUGAGCAGCCUUGUCGAAGAACCCCAGCCAAAGCCAGUCCUGCCCCCAGGGCCAGAGGAAUCCAGCCGGUGCGCCGGUGGGGAGGAGGCAGGUUGUCCACACCAGCGUGGGAGGAGAGAAUCGCCCAAAGCCAGAGCUGCUGGCCGGGCUGAUCCCCGAGUCACGGCCCCUCCUUUUCCUCGAUAGCGGGGUGUUGGGUGCCAGUUGCAGGGGGAUGGAGAGCCGGGGCUGGAAAGCCCAUCUCCUUUGACCCAGCCGGCGUGGCUGGCACCACGGCCGUGUCAGAGUGGGAUCCAGGCUCCAAGGCCACCCCUGCAGGUCCCAGGGCUGUAAGACCCAGGUUGGGGGCGAGGGAAGGACUCUGGUGACGCCCCCGGGGGUGAGCAAGACCCGGCUGACCACUGACUCAGCCUGGGCGCGGGUCCGGUGCUCUUCGCUGCUACUCCAGCGCUGUUGUGCGCCGCUGCCGCCCAGCGCCCGAAGACAGAGCAGUCGCGGGCCGCAGGACCCCGAGAAGUGCAGCCCUCAGAGCCCCAGAGCCUCGACGUUCAGAGACAGGCGGUAGGGCAACCACCUGCGAGCUGCUCCAGGGCGGAUCGAGUCACCCACAUCUGCAACUAGAGAAGGAUCCCGGUCCCCGGGGGACAUCUGGCACUUCUGACCCUCGGACCGCGGACUUGGAGCCCCGGCUGCCCCGUGGGCAAACCGGCCCGAGUUCCAGUCUCCGGCCCGCGUCAACCGCGCACCCGGGACUCUCCCAGGACACAGAAGAGUGUCCAGACGCCCUGCUCAGGCCUCCCAGGCAGCGGAGGGACGAACUCCGGCUGCUCCAAGCUCCCCAAGUAGACCGUGGGCAGCCCCUUCUGCCCCGGUGGCCUCUCCCUGGGGUCUAGCCCCCUCGCGCCCCCGCGCGUCCUUCUUCGUUUCUGAGCUUGCUCUGCAAGUGAUGUAACCAGGCCAGGCUCGCUCGCCGCUUUCCCUCUUUUCCUCUAAGUCCGUCCUCCCUCCAGCACCCGGCGCUCUUCGCGCAGAGCUGGGCGCUGGGCUGCGCCGCCGCUCCGCUCCGCUCCCAAAGCCCUGGAGACCGACGUCGCACCACCUGGAUGUGGAGUCAAGGGGCAAAGCCAGGCUUUCCUUCCAGAAACAAGGGAGAGAGCCGAGGAAACAGCUGCUGUGGAGGUUUCUAAGGAGACUCAGACUGGCUUUUUUCCCCGUUCCCGGGAGACGGCAGGAAACCUCAGUAGGGCGGAACACUGCUCCUUGGUCAGCGGGCAGUCCCCAACCUGGAUGGAGUGAAAGAUGCGGCCCGAUGACAUCAACCCGAGGACUGGGCUGGUUGUGGCCCUGGUCAGUGUCUUCCUGGUCUUUGGCUUCAUGUUCACCGUCUCUGGGAUGAAAGGAGAGACUCUGGGGAACAUCCCCCUCCUGGCCAUAGGGCCCGCCAUCUGCCUGCCAGGCAUUGCGGCCAUUGCCCUGGCCAGGAAAACCGAGGGCUGCACCAAGUGGCCCGAGAAUGAGCUGCUGUGGGUCCGAAAGUUGCCUUGCUUCCGGAAACCCAAGGACAAGGAGGUGGUGGAACUGCUGAGGACCCCUUCAGACCUGGAGUCAGGCAAGGGGAGUUCAGAUGAGCUGGCUAAGAAGGCGGGCCUCAGGGGGAAGCCUUCCCUCCAAGGGCAGGGCGAGUUGCCUAUGGCCAGCUCCAUCACCACCCCCACACCCAUGGAGGAAGGAGAAUGCCAGAGCCCUGGCCAGAGCGGGCGUCGGGAGGAGACGUCCAGAUACUUGGAUGGCUACUGUCCCUCGGGCAGCUCCCUCACCUACAGUGCCUUGGAUGCCAAGUGCUCAGCCUGGGACAGGUCUGAGCAUCCUGAGCCCGAGGAUAGCAUCUUCUUCGUGCCCCAGGACAGUAUCAUCGUUUGCUCCUACAAGCAGAACAGCCCCUAUGACAGAUACUGUUGUUACAUCAAUCAGAGCCAAGGCAGGUGGGACCACGAGACGAUAGUCUAAGUUUUGCAUACAAGGGUCGCUGUGUUGAUAGAAACGUGGCUACGCUCAGCUCCCAACAGAAGGAAACUGCCCUGCUCCAACAGCCUUCACACGGUUAGAAACUGACCUGGUACGUGAUGGUCGUGCAAGCCUCAUGUGUGUCAGAAUCAGGUAAAUAGGCAUGUCUGGGACACAUUUCAGGAAAGGAUGAUGAGGGUUAAGGACACUGGAAGAGGCAGUGGGUAGGAAAGGAAGCAGUUUCAAUUGCUUUUAAGCAAUUUAAGCCAUGUUGGAUGCUUUGUAAAAUAUGGCAGAAAGUGUUACCCAGCACCUGCUGAAAGCAAGAGAAAUCUAGAGUGGCUUGCAGAUAACAGACAUGAAACAAUGUGUGGACUACUCAUGGGGAAAUUGAGCUGCUUUCGGUCUAAAGAAGUUGAAUGAAAAAACAAUUCAAUACUUCAUUCUAUGAAAUGAUUUUUUGUCCAGUGAAAGUUUUUCACACUUAGUAUUUGCUGAAAGAAAAAAAAAGUUAAGAUAGAAUAGCUACAUCCCUCCUAAGGUGUGAUGGUUACUGGAGAAAGGGGAGUUAAAGACAGUUGAAUCAUGUAAUUGAGUUUUAUGGUUAUUACCUUCAGACAAGAUCAGGGAUUUUUAGUAAAGUAAAAUAAGUGUGACCAGUUGUGUGAAAAACUAACAUUUUUAGAUGGCUGUGUUACUUCUGAAACUCUUCAUUUAUAUUGACUUACUGGGUCUUUAUCUGAAGUGUUUUUUAGCACUUACUGUCAAUCAUGUACAAUUUCCUCAUCAGGUGCAAUAUGGCUUGAUAUCAUAUUUUCAUAGAUUAGAAUUUGUUUUCAUCAAGUCAAAAUGGACUUUACAUAUGUAUACAAGUGUCUUUAACAUUUCUCGAAGAUGUAAUUAUGAUUCUUAAAUGCCUUUUAAAUUAUUAAGAUUGUGACGUCAAUACCAUUAGUCUUGAACUUUAUGCAGAAAUUAUGUGAAAUGUGAUGGUUAAAUUUCUGGAAAUGUCUUUAUUUGUACAUUUGUUCGACACUCCCAAAGACUGUCAAUGCCAGUGAAACAAGUUAAUCCACUAGAUUUAACUAAAGCCCAAUUUUCAUUGAGUUCUCCUGAUCAGUGAACAUUACAUGACAAAGGUCUGUUUCAUUUAAUUUUUUGCUGCUGAGGAAAAAAAAUCACAGUGGGAUCCUAAAAAUGUAUUUCCUUUUUCAUUUGCUCAACUGUCUAUCAACAAAAUUACCAUUUAAUCCCUGUUGAAGAAAAAAUUAAAUUAUAUGUAGAAAUGGUGGUAUAUUUCAUUUUGAAGAUCAGCGUAACUUUGCAUCCUUCAGAGAAUGACUUGCUUUUAAUGACUGUAUAGUUUCAGCCACUUUCUCCCAAAAGGGGAACUGAGGACAACUGUACCUCUUUUGUGUAUUUCAAGUCCAACUCUGCAAUUCUUUAAGUGUAGCAAUUAUUUUGUCUUGAGAAUUGCUCCCCUAAAAUUACAAUUUUCUAACCAAAUUCAACAUCAGAAAUAUUUAAUUUAUCUUAGUAUUCCUUAAAUGUUGGAAAAUAAAAUCUGUGAUCCUGAGCACAUUUUACCACCUCAGUCCCUGAAACGAGGGAAGUGGGACUUACUCAUACUAGACUAGUUCUAUCAUUCCUUCCCAGUUUGGAUACUCUAUGGCAUUAUGUCAAAAGCACUCUAUAUUUUGCCAGGAAAUGAUUUAUAGCAAAAUGCAUGCCAAAGUUAUGCAAUUCAUAAUAACAAUUGUGCUACAUGGAUUUAGUUCUUGUUGCUAUUCAAAAGAAUUUUGUAGAUGUAUGAAAGCAGAUUUGUUUUGCUACUAAAUAUUAUUUAUUCAAAAAAUGCACUUCUGGGGAUAAAAUGAAGGUGAUAGGGUAAAAUAUUUUUAAGGAGAAAAUUUCCAAUAUUGGUAUAACCCCAAAUAAUCAAAUACAUGUCUUUGCACUAAAUGUAAUUUACUUUGGAUUUGGAAUGGAGGAAAAAUCAUUCCUAAAAUUGCAAUGCCUCUUAAUAAGUCUAAAGCAUUUUGAAAGAUGGAAAUCAUGUUUCUAGGAAGGUAAAAAUUAUUGGAUAACUCUUAGGAAUAAAAAGUUGCUCUAAUUUGUUUGUCUUUGUGGACAUCUUUAGAGGUGAGGAGAGAGCAAGAUAUCAGAGGGGUGUUCACACAGACUCAGCAAAUCCUACAAAGGGUCUGAAAAGAUAUGGUUGUAAGGUCAGGUUUGGGAUUUGGAAAAGUUACUUUCUGAUUUCUUCAACUCAGACUCCUUCAUAUCUCACACACACACAC